AUGUCCGACCACAACGAUGGUGACUCCUUUGUCCUCUACCGCUACCACCCUUCUCUGGCCGCAGCUGCAGUAUUCGUCGUCCUCUUCGCGCUCACAACCGGCUUCCACAUAUUUCAAACCUUCCGUAAGCGUUCCUGGUUCAUGAUCCCCUUCAUUAUCGGCGGUCUGUUCGAGUUCAUCGGCUACAUCGGCCGCAUACUAUCAAAUAAUGACCGCUACGCCCUCUCGCCGUACAUCAUGCAAACCCUGCUGCUACUCCUCGGACCCGCACUGUACGCAGCAUCUAUCUACAUGAUCCUCGGCCGCCUGGUUUUGCUCACGGGCGGUGAGAGGUACUCGCUCGUGCGCCGCACAUGGUUGACGAAGAUCUUCGUCGGCGGCGACGUGAUCUCGUUUAUGAUGCAGGGCGCUGGCAUGAAGUCUGGCGAGAAGAUCAUCAUUGGUGGUCUGUUCGUGCAGAUUCUCUUCUUCGGACUGUUCUUCGUCACGGCGAUUAUGUUCCAGAUGCGUGGCAAGGAGUACCUCGCGACUCUCGGCAGCAACAUUCCGUGGGGAAAGCACCUGUUUGCUCUCUACGCGACAUCGAUCUUGAUCUUGGUGCGAUCGGUCUUCAGGGUUAUUGAGUACAUUCAGGGUAAUGCUGGGUACCUGCUCAGGCACGAGGUUUUCCUGUAUGUCUUCGACGCGGUGCUCAUGUUUGCGGUUAUGGUCAUCUUGAACGUUAGCCAUCCGGGUGACAUUGCAAGCGCAUACCACAAGCGGAAGGCUUAA